AUGUCAGGGGCAGGCUUAAGAUUUUUCAGCUUGUCAAUUGUGGAAUUAGGUGAGGUGUAUGGAGAGUUCCUGGAUGGAGAGUUCCUGGACAGAGCUUUGAGCUCCAAACAGAGAGACACUUAUACUUCGGUACUCUUUUAUGCUUCCUGGUGCCCAUUUUCUCGCAGUAUGCAUCCUACAUUUGAAGUACUUAGCUCCAUGUUCCCACAAAUGGAACAUUUUGCUAUUGAACAAUCUUCAGCUCUGCCAAGUGUAUUUUCAAGAUAUGGAGUCCAUAGUCUCCCCUCAAUUUUAUUGGUGAAUCAAACAUCAAAGUUGCGAUAUCGUGGGCCAAAAGAUCUCCACUCCCUUGUUCAAUUUUAUCAGAAAACAACAGGGCUCGAACCAGUGGAAUAUUUUGCUGAAGAUGAAUCAGCCAGCUUGGGGAGGAGUGAUGAAUUAAUCAUGCAGUCCUGGAACAGGUCUUCACUGAGACAGAUGAUUCAGAACAAACCCUACUUGGUAUUUUCAGUAUUCUUCCUCUGUCUGAGGUUGCUUAUAUCCAUAUUCCCAGAAGUCUCAUCUCGUCUAAAAGCUUUCUGGGAUUCAUAUGUUCCUCACUUAAACUUGGAAAUAUUUGGUGAGACAAGCCAAAUAUUUGGGCGUGCCCUUCACAUGAUCGAUGUGAGGAGGGUCUUGACCAAACUGAGACUUUGCAAGACCAGGAACUUCCGUGAAGGUGCAAAGAAUGCUCGGGUUUGGGCUUCCCUGGCUUCUGUCUCCCUGGGUGAAUCUUCUUCAUCUAGGUCAUCAUCCUGAGGUUGAAGUCACUGUACCAGGCGAGCCAAACUGAGGAUUGAAAGAGCUUAUUGAUCAGAUAGUGUGAUACAGAGUGGUGAUGCAAUACGGUAUUCUCUCUCUCUCUCUCCCUCAUCUAAUGUUGGUCAAGUUUUACUGUAGUGAUGAUAGCUGAAGCUGUUGUCCUUGUUUGAGUUGGGUCUUUUUGGGAAGGAAGCAAACAAGCAUGUAAAUUGAGAACAGCUCUCUUUUUUGUGUAUAUUAAUGUAAUGUCAUUUGGAGGAACUACUUCACACAUCAGUACAAUGUAAACCUAUUUAACUUCUCGUCGUGUCUUUUUCUCUCGC